AUGAAGCAUUCAUCUGCUCGUAAUGUAAUCGAAAGAACAUUUGGUGUCUUGAAGGGUCGAUGGGCGAUACUGCGGGAAAAGUCAUACUACCCUGUAGAAGUCCAAUGUCGUACAAUAUUUGCGUGUUGUCUCCUCCACAACCUUAUCAAUAGAGAGAUGACAACCUUUGAUAUAGUGGACAACAUAGAUGAGGUUGAUUCCACCCACGUGACUAGUGUCGCCGAUGACUUACAUUACAUAGAGACGUCCAAUGAGUGGACUCGGUGGAGAGACGACCUUGCUGAAGAAAUGUUUAGUAAAUGGAAGUUGCGUAACCAGUAG